UCAGGCGGCAGUUUGUUUUGGGAGUUGAAUGGGAAAUUCACGGCUGCAUUUCCAAUUUUAAUCAAGUUAAGUUAAAUCAGCAUGAUUCAUGAGCUGUUGUUGGCGUUGAGUGGAUACCCGGGGACGAUCUUCACAUGGAACAAACGAACAGGUUUGCAGGUGUCCCAGGACCUGCCCUUCCUUCACCCCAGUGAGACCAGUGUCCUCAACCGGCUCUCUAAACUGGGCUCAGAUUACAUACGUUUCACAGAGUUCAUAGAACAGCACACUGGCCAUGUGCACCAACAAGAACAUCACACGAACCAGCCCAACCAGACGGGUCUUCAUGGAAUCUACUUGCGGGCCUUCUGCACAGGUCUGGACUCCAUGCUGCAGCCGUACCGACAGGCCCUGCUGGACCUUGAACAAGAGUUCCUUGGAGAUCCACAUCUGACAAUCUCUCACGUGAACUAUAAGCUUGAUCAGUUCCAGUUGCUGUUUCCUUCUGUGAUGGUGGUGGUGGAGACUAUAAAAUCACAGAAGAUCCACGGCUGUCAGAUCUUGGAGACGGUGUACAAGCACAGCUGUGGGGGGCUUCCUCCUGUACGCAUGGCCUUAGAAAAGAUUCUUGCUGUGUGCCACGGUGUGAUGUACAAGCAGCUUGCAGCUUGGAUGCUGCACGGAUUGCUGCUGGACCAAAGCGAGGAGUUUUUUGUGAAGCAGGGGCCCAGCGCAGGAGGAGCUGCUGCCAACCAGGAGGAGGAGGAGGAGGACCUGGGGCUGGGAGGCCUGAGCGGGAAACAGCUCAGAGAGCUACAGGACCUGAGGCUGAUCGAGGAGGAGAACAUGUUGGCUCCGUCCCUGCAGCAGUUCUCCCUGCGAACAGAGAUGCUGCCCUCUUACAUUCCCAUCAGAGUGGCUGAGAAGAUCCUCUUCGUUGGAGAGUCUGUCCAGAUGUUUGAAAACCACAACCACAGCCCAUCUAGAGCUGGCUCCAUACUGAAGCACCAGGAGGACAUGUUCGCUGCAGAGCUGCACAGACUCAAACAGCAACCUCUUUUCAGCUUGGUGGAUUUUGAAAAUUUGAUUGAUCGCAUCAGGAGCACAGUGGCAGAGCAUCUCUGGACGUUGAUGGUGGAGGAGUCAGACCUGCUCGAGCAGCUCAAGAUUAUUAAAGACUUCUACUUGCUGGGUCGCGGCGAGCUCUACCAGGUUUUUAUUGACCUCGCGCAGCACAUGUUGAAGACGCCUCCGACAGCCGUCACUGAGCACGAUGUAAACGUGGCUUUUCAGCAGGCGGCUCAUAAGGUGCUCCUGGACGACGACAACCUGCUGCCUCUGCUGCACCUGACAGUCGACUACCAGGGCAAAGACAGCAAAGAGGCGACGGGCCCCAGAGAUGGAUCCACUCCUCCACAAGACUCCUCCCCUCGUGAGGUCCCUCCCACAGGCUGGGCGGCUCUGGGUCUCACCUACAAGGUUCAGUGGCCGCUGCACAUCCUCUUCACUCCUGCCGUCUUGGAGAAGUACAACGUUGUGUUCAGGUACCUGCUGAGCGUGCGGCGGGUGCAGUCGCAGCUGCAGCACUGCUGGGCUCUACAGAUGCAGAGGAAACACCUCAAGUCCAGCCAGACAGAUGCUGUGAAGUGGAGGCUACGCAACCACAUGGCCUUCCUGAUCGACAACCUGCAGUAUUACUUGCAGGUGGAUGUGCUGGAGUCACAGUUCUCGCAGCUGCUUCAGCAGAUCAACUCCACCAGAGACUUCGAGAGCAUCCGACUGGCCCACGACCACUUCCUCAGCAACCUGCUCGCACAGUCCUUCAUCCUCCUGAAGCCGGUGUUCCACUGUCUGAACGAGAUCCUCGAGCUGUGUCACAACUUCUGCUCGCUGGUCAGUCAGAGCGUGGCGUCGCUGGACGAGCGGGGGACUGCUCAGCUGGAUCUCCUCGUCAAGGGCUUUAGGCGGCAGUCGUCCUUACUGUUUAAAAUCCUUUCGAGUGUGAGGAACCAUCAGAUCAACUCUGAUCUGGCUCAGCUGUUACUACGACUGGACUACAACAAAUACUACACGCAGGCUGGAGGCACCCUGGGCAGUGUGUAAGUGUGCUGAGGAUGAAGAUUUGGAGAUACACCUGUUUCUGCUAAACUCACACUGAACAGAUGAAACACCUGUCAGUCUUCUCUGUGCUGUUAGUGUAACGUGCCUGUUAAAAUUAUCUUUAAAGGGUCAGUUCACCCAAAUCGUACAGUCGUUUUCCUCGUUCACCUCUAGAGGGGUCUUGCCAUGCAGAGAAUUUUUGGUGGGAUUUUUGGGGUCAGACUAAUUCAAACCUGGCUUAAGAACUGUUUAUGUAUUUAAUGAAAGGAAUGGUUUGACAUUUUGUGUUGAGAGUUAGAUGUAGAAUGACACCACUGUCACAUCUGUCUGUUAAACUCUGUCAGGUGAACGCAUCACGGCUGCAGCCAGGCUAGCUGGUUCCAGUCUUUUUGCUAAAUAACAGAAUUGACAUUUAAGUAGUCUGUAACCUGUUUCCAUGGUGACUUCACUGUAGGUCAAACUUAUUUAGACCUGCUUUAUAACAAUUCCCUGGUAUAACUGGUAAACCUGCUUAUGAAACAUUACCCAGGACGGUGUUUCUGCAAAGCUGCUGUUGAAUUUUUAACUGUUGGAGGCAGAAGUCUCAGACAGCUCAGCACAGACCCCGGACACCAUCAGCAAGGUGACAGACAGCUAGAAUUCAGAGGGGAAAAGGUUGUGUGCGGUGGGUAAUCUGACCCUUGGUUGUAGCUCAUUGUCCUUGUAUAAACUGUAAAUAUUAAAACCUCGUAUGUACCAUCUUCUGUAGAGAAAAUAAACUGAAAUCUGUUAAAAUGAAACAAGGGUCACAGUUUAUUAUCCCA